AAUUGAUAUGGCUUUACACAAAAUCAGUAAAACGUAAAAUAUAAUAUCUUUCUUUCUCAGGGUGCAACUAGAUUUGAGAGAAAUAAAAACUGGUAUUUCAAGAUGUAUACACUUCUCAGUGGCUUUUAUAAAUAUCUCACUCAGAAGGACGAGUACUGCAUACUGAUAUUGGGACUGGAUAAUGCUGGCAAAACGACCUACCUGGAAGCAGCAAAGACGAAAUUUACGAAAAACUACAGAGGAAUGAAUCCGAGCAAAAUAACCACCACCGUAGGACUGAACAUUGGACAGAUAGACAUGCACGGUAUCCGGAUGAGUUUUUGGGAUUUAGGAGGACAGCAGGAGUUGCAGUCACUCUGGGACAAAUACUAUUCCGAAUCUCAUGCAGUGAUAUAUGUAGUAGAUUCAAAUGAUCGUGAUCGGAUGCACGAAUCUAAGGAGGUAUUCGACAGGAUGAUCGCUAACGAAUAUCUUUCGGGAGUUCCUCUCCUGGUAUUGGCCAACAAACAAGAUCUACCAGACUGUAUGGGUGUACGAGAAAUCAAGCCUGUGUUUCAGGAGGUCGGUCAUUUAAUCGGACGAAGAGAUUGUCUGGUAAUGCCCGUGUCAGCGUUGACGGGGGAAGGAGUCGACGAAGGUAUCAAAUGGCUGGUGGAAUCGAUCAAACGGAAUUCUUUCGCUCGUCCUCCCAAAACAGAAGACACUUGAAACUUCAAUCCUUAUUCCCUGAACGGUGCAAUCCGAUUGUAUGUAUCAUUUAAUUUAUUCUGUGUUUUAUAUAAGUAAUAAUGAAAAUUCCAUUUUUGAAG